UUCGUGCUUCAACCGUCGAGCGGAGAACAUCGUCGUCGAUUUCGUGCCACUUUUAUUGGACAGCUCUCAUUAGACGUCGAAUUGCGGUAUUUUCGUAAUAUUUGUGCUAAUAUUGUGCUUUUUGUAGAGAUAAGAAUAUCGUCUAAUUGCUUUUAAAAUAUAUUACGACGAGAGUGAGCAUGUGUGUGCGCAAAAAAGGUGUGAAUUGUGAAACCUCACUCGAAUGAUUUUGUGUUGUUUACACGCAAUAUCGUCACAAAGAAGAAGUUAUUGUUGAGUGUGUUGGUAGAAAAAUUGGAAUUUUUCUGCGAGACAUUGUCACCGAGUAAGUGCAAUAAGUGUAAUGCAGUCAUUGAUUAUUUUACACAUUGCUGCGUAUUGAGAACUGACUGGCACGUCAAAGGAGCCUAAUCUGCAAAGAGAAAAAUUAAAGGAGAAUAAAUGUGCAUCUAAACGAAGUAAAAGGCAUCCAUAAAACGAUCAAAGUGACCUUAGAGAGCAAAAGGCGAAGCAUACUUCGAUAAAUAAAUACAAUAUUGGCUGUGCUGCCUUGAGAACGAUUACGGAACGUGGAUUUUUUCCUCCCAAUUCAACUGCAAAGCCUGCUGUGUGUUGGUGUGAAUAAAAGCCUGUGGCGUAGAUCGCGAGGGGCAAAAACAAACAAGUGUCACGCGGUGAGAGUGUGUUGGUGUGCCACAUAUUGACGCACACACACACACACCGACUAAACCGAUAGGGGGAAAAAUGCGGAAUAAUAUCAGCAGCAACAACAUGGAAUCCUUGUACGACGAUAACAACGCUCAGUAUGUUCCGGCCACGAGUCAGGCUGCCGCCGGUACCACCAACACCGGAAAUAGCCUGAAGCGACCGGCCACGUUGGAGCUGAACCCGGGCAAACGACGCAAGCCAAUGUACAAUGCGUCCGUCACGGCGCCACCCGUGCUCACGUCGCCGGAUCUGCAGGUGCUAAAACUCGUCUCACCGGAACUGGAGAAGAUAAUCAUCAACAAUGCCGCCCUGCCCACGCCGACGCCGAGCAGUAUCCUCUACCCGACAAAGGCCACCACCGAACAGGAACAGUUUGCCAAAGGCUUCGACGAAGCACUACUCUCUAUGCACGAAAAAGACAACAUCAACAAGAUGCACAUCACCCACAACAACAACAACAACAGCACCAGCAAUAACAAUAACAACAGCAGCAGUAAUAGCAGCAGCAACAGCAGCGGCAACAGUAUAGUGGCAGCUGGGUCAACCCCCGUACCCACCUCAGGCGUUCACAGCAACACGAUGAGCGGCGGUGACAUCACCUACACUGACCUCGACAGCUACCCGGGUGUCAUCAAGGAGGAGCCCCAAACCGUGCCCCAGUCGCCACCGGUCAGCCCGAUCAACAUGGAAAACCAGGAGCGCAUCAAGCUGGAACGCAAACGGCUCCGGAAUCGGGUGGCCGCGUCCAAGUGCCGCAAGCGAAAGCUCGAACGAAUCUCCAAGCUCGAGGACAAGGUGAAGGACCUCAAGACGCAAAACACCGAACUGUGCAGUAUCGUGUUCAAUCUGAAGCAGCACGUGAUCCAGCUGAAGCAGCAGGUUAUAGAACACCACAACUCGGGCUGCACCAUCACGCUGACGGGAAAGUUCUAAAAAAAGCGCUUCGAGUCGGUUAUUUAUUUAAAUGUACGCAAUCCUAUUUCAACUCAUACUUGUUCUUCUUCUUUGUAACCACGCCCAUCUUCCUGUUUUUUCUUUGUCCAUUUUCAUCGAACUUAAGUAAGACAAGAAAAAAAGAUUACUAAAACAUGCUACAGCAAACCGCUUUAAAUACGACGACGAACAGAAAAUGCCUUACAAAAAAAAAACGCGAACGGAACGAGCGUUAGUGUUAACCAUUAGCAAUGUAAGUCCCCCCUCCUUAAUUCCUUAGAGAGUGUCGUCCCAGCGAGUAAAAUUUUAAGACGCGCUAGAAAACAAGACGGAACCAGCAAGCAAGAAACUCUAGUCUCCAGAUCGGGAAUGCCCAACGCCAAGCAAUGAAAUUGUGUAACGCGUUAAGCAUUUUUAAACGUUCCACUUUGGGUAACUGCCACAGCAGAUUCGCACGUGUCAUAAAACAAACUGUUUCGGUCCCGCUGUGCGUUACAAAGUAUUUGUAAAGUUCAGAUUAGCGAACGAAGAGCGCCAAUUAAGUUGAGGUUAAUUUUUACUACACUAAGUUAUUGAUUUUAGAACGCAGAGAGUCCACACGAGGGGCAAAGUCUCACUUAGUUUUUUUGUUUGGUUUUAUUUAUCAGUUUUGUGCGCGAAAAGAUUUGGCAGAGUAAUAUGCUAUUUGUUACAAUCAAUCAAUGAAAACAAUGCUAAUUUAAAAAAUGCAAAUAAAUGUAAACAUUUGAAAGUUAUUUACAAUAAAGAUUUUUUAUUCUAA